GAUUUUUGCUACUUGCAUAUACUAGUGUGCUGGGCACUUUGUGAGCUUGCCCCUUAAAAGUAAGUUAGAAAAUUCUUGGAUGGACUAACAACUUUUACUCCUUUAUUGGAUGUCCGACAAGUGGCAUCUGCAAAGCCUGAAAAGGAAAGUCUUGCCUUAUAGGGAGUGCUCUGUACAAUGACACAAUGGCUCUAAUAUAAAGUGUUGCUUGACCUGAGCUUGAAAGCAAAGGAACAAAGAAACUCCCAAGUGACUAUUCUGAAGACCAAAUAGAACUGAAAAAUCAUCCCACCAUGGACAAAUUUAAGGCUGCUAUGUUGCUCGCAGGGGUAGGGGAUGCUCUGGGCUAUCGAAAUUUCACACAGGAAAACAAUGCUUUGGGUGCAAAGAUCCAAGGAGAACUCAAAGAAAUUGGAGGACUUGAGAACCUGGUCAUGUCCUCUGACAAAUGGCCCGUAAGUGACAAUACUCUCAUGCAUAUGGCUACAGCGGAAGCUCUCAUCACAGAUUACUGGUGUCUAGAAGACCUGUAUCGGGAACUUGUAAAACGUUAUGUUGAUAUGAUUGAGAAACUUCCUGGGAGACGGUCUGACCCUGCUACAAUUGAAGGCUGCUCACAACUGAAGCCGGACAACUAUCUCCUAGCUUGGCACACACCAUUUAAUGAGAAAGGUUCAGGAUUUGGAGCUGCCACAAAAGCUAUGUGCUUGGGAAUGAAAUACUGGAAGCCUGAGAGGCUGGAAACUCUCAUUGAAGUGAGCAUUGAAGUUGGGCGCAUGACUCACAAUCAUCCUACAGGGUUUUUGGGAUCAUUUUGCACAGCUCUGUUUGUUUCAUAUGCAAUACAAGGAAAGCCACUGGUACAGUGGGGAAGAGAAAUGAUGAAGGUUGUCCCGAUGGCUGAAGAAUAUUGCAAAAAGACCAUAAGGCACAUGGCAGAAUAUCAGGAGCAUUGGUUUUACUUUGAAGCAAAAUGGCAAUUUUAUUUGGAAGAAAGAGAAAUUAAUGAAGAAAACCAGAAUAAGCCUCACUUUCCUGACAAUUAUGAUGCAGAAGAAAGAGAAAAGACCUACAGGAGAUGGAGUUCAGAAGGUCGUGGAGGAAGGAGAGGUCAUGAUGCUCCUAUGAUUGCAUAUGAUGCUCUCUUAGGAUGUGGUACUGAUUGGACAGAGCUUUGCAACCGAGCAAUGUUCCAUGGCGGUGAGAGUGCAGCUACUGGAGCUAUUGCUGGCUGUUUGUAUGGAUUGCUUUAUGGCCUUAGCAAAGUUCCUAAAGGCUUGUACCAGGAUCUGGAACAAAGGGAGAGACUAGAAUACCUGGGGGAGACUAUUUUUCAACUUUCUUCAGAGGAAAACAGAAACAAAGGUACAAAGUUGAGCAGUGAUAAGGAGCUGAUUGAUCCCAUAGCACUGAAGAAGAAGCUCAGUAAGAUGUCAACAGAACUUGGUGCAUUUGCUGUCCUCAGCAGCCUUCUGGUAUACCUCACAGAGCUUGUAUCAAGCCACCCACAAAUUGAGAGCAAGAAAGCUAAGUGGAAAGAAAGCCUAGUAAACAAGGUGAAUGUAAAGCGGGAAUUCCAGAGUGCACACAGUGGCAUCCGCCCCACAAAAUUUCAACUUCUGCAGUCAAGAUUCUUGAACAAUAAUCGUGAGCAUUAUAGAAAGAAGCCGAAGGAGGUUGGCAAGCUAAUUAUUAAAGAAAAGCAGACUUCAAAUAGAAAUGGGUUAAACUCCACCGCAUACAAGCUAGACAGAAGCUCUUUAAAAGAAGAUGAAAGCCCAAGAAUAACCCUCCAAGAAAAACCCAAAUGGGUCAGCUGUUGUGGAAAAAAUACUGUGAAGAAUGUUCUGAAGAAAUUCUUAGCUGCUGAGGAAAAAGCUGCUAGAGAGAAGCAACCAACACCAAAAAAGGAGGCGCCAAACAAUAACCUGCCCAAAAUAGUCAAUAAAAACUCUGUCUUGUCCAAGCUGAAAGAAAAAUUUGAGCAAACCAGUAAUGUUUGUUCUGCUAUCAAUGUGAAAGCUUUCCUACCAUGCAAAGUUGGAAAAAAGAACAAAAGUGGCCCAGAGAAAAAAAACAUUUGCCAAGCCAAAGUCAGAGUGCUGGAGAUGGAUCUGAGGACAGCAACAAAUAUUGAUAGCCUUCAGCCUCAACAUUUGGUGUGUAUAACUGCCCCCAUGCCUAAAUUCUGUGUUGCUACUGAAAUUAGCCAUCCUUGGAGUUGGGCAACAAAUGCCAAGUCUACCACUCAGCUCUCUGGUCAUAACCCUGAAGUGAAAGGAACAAAGGACACUCAGAAUACACAUGAUAUUCAGCUUGAUGAGAACAAGAUACCAAGGAACAUGUUACCAGAAGGACAACAAAAAGAACUGUUGCAAAUCAAGAGACAUGAAAUGCCUAUGGAUGUGACUGACCAAAAGGGCAUUUUUGAGGCUGACGUAAUGCUAGGUGCUAAUCAAGACAGCGUUCCAGCUUCACAAGAAAGUGUGCCCCUUGUAGGCCCCUUUCCAACCCCACCUAGAAACAGCUUAGACCACAAAGAUAUGGUUCCACCAUUAGCAGACAAUGCAUUUUCUAGCUCUAGGAAUGAAAAUGAACCACAAUCCAUUAGCAAAGAAAAUGUCCCUAUUACCUGCCUCACAUCUAGUCCAGCUGAAGGGGUUAGUGCACACAGUCACCAGGAAAUUAAUGAGAUUCCUGGCAUACCAGAGGGCACACAUAGGUCAAAGGAGACAGAAAUAGAAUUAACAGAGCCCAUAAAAGAUCAUCCCCUUGCUGGCCAAAAGUGUUUUCCUGAAGAGAAAGUGCUGGAAAAUAUUUCACCAUUUCAGUCUCUUGCAGCUCAGGCAUCUUAUAACAGAGAGUCUGCUGCCAUUGACCUGCAAUCAAGAAUUGAACCAGCAGCUGUUGACAAAAUGCCUCAAGUAAAGCCAAGACAGAAGGAUAUGAAAGGUCUGAAGAGCAAAUUUCCUGAUACAGUUCAGAACAAAGAAAAACAGUCUGAUAAAGAAGAAAUAUGUUCUAAUGCUACCAAUAGUGACGGUGCAAGUCAAGCCAAACAAGUGGAUCCAAAAGCAGUAAAAAAUCAAGAAAAGGUUUCUGACCAAAGUGAGCCUUUUCCCCAGAAGCCAAUGAGCCAAGAAAAUAGCCCAGAUACCUCCAGUCAAAUCAUACCAAAAGAGCCUGUGAAUCAGGCAUGCAAAGCUCCCACUUUUAAUAAUAGCCAUAAAGAGAAUAAUGAUGAAAAGGGAGGCUAUAUUCACCACAACUUUGAAAAACAUCAAACUCCUUUACCUGGCGUUUUUAAAAAAUCCAGCUGUGUUACAACUGUAGAGAAUAUUGACAAAGAUAAAUUUUGUUCAGGUAAUACAAUAACAAAUCCAGAGCCCAGUCGUGAGAAAGAAAAGAUUACGGUGACUCACUUAGACACGUCCCAAAAUCUGUUAAAAGAACUUAUUAGCCAUGAAAUUCAUGAAUUGGUGGAAAUUCCUGGAUAUUUUUCAGAAAAAUUUAAUUUAUCCUCAUCAGACCAUUCAAUCAAACUUGAGAACAGCAUUGCAGAAGUCAACAGCCCUUGUUGUAGUGACCUUCAAACACCUUUUCUGAAAGAACUAUCAGAAAAUGAAAGCUGUAUUCAGGGAGACAGUGUGGCUAGUCCCAAUUCUGAGAAACAUCAUCCACCUUCUCUAAGUGAAAUGCAAAUGUGUGAGGAUACACCUGGACAAGAUGAAAAAACAACAUGCGGUUUUCACAGUGAUUUAAUCAAGAGCAAAAAUAGUGCUGCACAAAACAAAGAUAUCUUGCCAAGGAUAUCUGAGAAGAAGUAUCAACCAACCUCAACGAGGGAGCUAAAGAAAAAUGAAGUCAGCCCUACCGGAGGGGCAAACUCCAUGCACAAUGUGGAGAAACAAGAAAUGUCCCUGGCAAAUAAAACUGGAGAGCAAGAAAAACCGCAAGUGAUGGUGGAGGAAGAGAAAUCUGGAAAAAACAGUUUCCCUUCCCAAAAUGAAACAGUACUACAGGGAAUCAGUGCAGCAGAAAAACGAAAUACACCAAAAGGAGUCCAAAGCCUAAUGCCAUCCCCUGUCAACAAAAGGGGACAAGAGGUCAAGAAGACAGAGGGGAAAAAAUAUCUGGUGGAUGGUAAGAAGGCAGUGCAUAACUCCAAGGUAGCUGAAGAUUUGAUAAAAAGUGACCUUACAAAAGAUGGUGGAGGCAAAAUAGAAAAGACUGCCAUGCAGACACAUUACGUAACUCCACCGAAGCAUAAAGCUAGCUAUCCAGGACUGUUGCAUUCCACAGAUAACUCAACAUAUCAAACCUCAUCAAUAAAUUUAGUAAAACAUGAUGGUAGUAAUGGUGAUGUUGCAACAGGAAACAAAACUACUGUGAAAGACCCACAGUCUUCACACCAGGAGCCAAUGAAAAAUGAUACUAAUGCCCAAGGGAAAAAUCCCCAGGAUGUGCCAUCUGAUGAUAAAUGGAAGCCUGAAAUUAAAACAGGGAAGACAAGGGAGAAGAGUAGUAUGUCAGGACAAAAUGCAUUACCUUUUAAAAAUGCAACAUUGAAGAGUAAAAAGAAUACUGGAAGAGAGGGGAGCACUUUGGGCCACUUGAAGAAAGAUAAAAUGCCAUCAUCAAAAGAACAGAAUACUGAGCUGAUGAAUCUUCCAGUAGAAAAAACACAGAAACCAUCCUCAAAUGAUUCAAGAAACCCCAGAAGUAUUACUAAAGAUGAGAAGCAGGCACUGGGCAAUUCCAAGAAGGGCCAGUUACCAUUAUCAGACGUCAAACCAGAGAGUCAUCAAAAUAGUUUCAUAGCGGGGAAACAGCAACAGCAGCCCCAAGCACCAAUGGAUUGCGUCAAUCCUAAAUCAAGCAUCAGAGAUGAAAAGCAUACACAUCAUAAUUCUGAGAAAUAUCUCCCACCUUCCUCAGAUGACCUGGAAAUGCAUGAAAGGAAUGCUAGCAGGAAGACUGGCUCCUCAAAGAAUGUUGACAAACAGAGAGCUCCUCAGUUGAGUCAGGAUAGGACAUCGCAGAAUGAAAAAACAGCUCAUGAGACUGAUGCAGCAAGCCCCCUCUUGCACUCUUCAAAUGAGACCCAUCCUACAGAACAGAGAGAAACACGGCAUAGUUAUGGCAAGUACAAAAUACUAUCAGCACAUGAUUUAUCAGGGCCAGAAAGUGGAGAGACUAAAAAAUGUGAGGCUGGUGUAGUAAAGGAGAGCAAUGCUAGAUUAGUAGGCUUAGAAAAAUACAAAGCAGAGAGUUAUAGUGAAGGAUCAGUAAAUUUGUCUUUUAAACCAAUGGUUAUUCGAGCGAUUGAUACAAUUAAGCUUGAUAACUAAUUUUUUUUUUACUAGAGAUACUUAGGUUUAUCAACCUUCAGUUACUGCUUCACUUCAGACAUUAAAAUUGUACUGAACAGUUUUUGUUUUCAUUGCAAUACUGAACAGUUUUGAAAUUCAAUCAUUGCUCAGAGGUGGUGGAAGUGUGUGUGUGUGAACACCAGGUGCGCUUCCUUAAUCAUAAUGGAAACGUGGCUCCCUCUAGCGUCCCUGAAUCGUCGCAAGGGGAGCGAAUUUCCUAUGAACGCAAACUUUGGAGUUUAUCGCACCUACCUUAUAA